GUUACUUAUUCCUUAAUAUUCUUUACUCUGUGUGUAGAUACCGCCUCAUUGGUUCCUCCUCUGCUAUGUGCAUCAUCUCUGAUCAGAGCGUUGCCUGGGAUGCCGAGGCACCUAUUUGUGAAUCAAUUCCUUGUGAGAUACCCCCAAGCAUUCCCAAUGGAGAUUUCUUCAGUCCUAACAGAGAAGAUUUUCAUUAUGGAAUGGUAGUUACCUACCAGUGCAACACUGAUGCGAGAGGGAAGAAGCUCUUUAACCUGGUGGGUGAGCCCUCCUUACACUGUACCAGCAUCGAUGGUCAAGUUGGAGUCUGGAGUGGCCCUCCUCCUCAGUGCAUUGAACUCAACAAAUGUACUCCUCCCCAUGUUGAAAAUGCAGUCAUAGUGUCUGAAAACAAAAGCUUGUUUUCCUUAAGGGAUAUGGUGGAGUUUAGAUGUCAGGAUGGCUUUAUGAUGAAAGGAGACAGCAGUGUGUAUUGUCGAUCCCUAAACAGAUGGGAGCCUCAGUUACCAAGCUGCUUCAAGGUGAAAUCCUGUGGUGCUUUCCCGGACGAGCUUCCUAAUGGGCGUGUAUCCGUUCCACAAAAUCUUCAACCCGGGGCCAAAGUGACCUUUGUUUGUAAUACAGGGUAUCAAUUAAAAGGCAAUUCUGCUAGUCAUUGUGUUCUUGAUGGAGUGGAAAGCAUUUGGAAUAGCAGUGUUCCUGUGUGUGAACAAGUGAUAUGUAAACUCCCUCAGGAUAUGAGUGGAUUCCAGAAAGGGUUGCAAAUGAAAAAAGAUUAUUACUAUGGAGAUAAUGUAGCCUUGGAAUGUAAGGAUGGGUAUACUCUAAAAGGCAGUUCUCAGAGCCAGUGCCAGUCCGAUGCCAGCUGGGAUCCUCCUCUGCCCAAAUGUGUCUCUAAAGUGAUAUGUAAACUCCCUCAGGAUAUGAGUGGAUUCCAGAAAGGGUUGCAAAUGAAAAAAGAUUAUUACUAUGGAGAUAAUGUAGCCUUGGAAUGUGAGGAUGGGUAUACUCUAAAAGGCAGUUCUCAGAGCCAGUGCCAGUCCGAUGCCAGCUGGGAUCCUCCUCUGCCCAAAUGUGUCUCUAGCUCAAACAGUGGUCUAAUAGCUGGAAUUUUCAUUGGGAUAAUCAUCGUUAUUUUAUCCAUCAUUUUUUCCUAUUGGAUGAUUAUGAAGUUUAAAAAACGCAAUUCCACCAAUGAAAAGUGUAAAGAAGUGGGUAUCUAUUUAAAUUCUAAAGAAGACAGCUGUGUUCAGCCUCAGUCUCUGCUCACAAGUCAGGAGAACAACAGUACCAGUAACCCAGCACGGAAUUCACUCACUCAAGAAGUCUAAUAGCCGCCAUGCACAGUGAUGUCUCUGAAACGCAAAACAUUUCCUGUCUGUAUCACUUUUAAAAUAAACUAUUUUCUUUUAAAAUCUAGAUGUGUUGUUCAUACAUAAGGAAUGCCACAAACUCAUGGCCACUCAGGAUAUUUAACUUGUUUCAAAAAUAAAAAUAAAUAAAAAUAAAAA